AGUUUGCGAGAUUUGCGAGACGGAGUGGAAUCCGAUGCAGACGAAAACGGAGCAGCUGGGCUUGCAGCUGAGCUCUUAUCCGUAGUUGCUUUACUAAUGUCACUCAAGUCAGCAUUUUCACUUCAGAUAUCUCCAGUUGCACCUAGCAUCACGCCCGAGAACCGAAACGCUAUCAACAUCGAGCUGGAUUCCUGCUCAUAGAAUUGAUUACCUGGUCUAUCAAGUUCUUGGCGGCCUUCGCAUUGACGGCUACCGUGGCGUUCAGCUCAUUCCAGGUGGUGUUCGGGAGGUUGACGAGAAGGCCUUGGGCAGCAACAGGUCGGUAGCUCUGGAGGCUGGAGUUGAAGUCCUUGUACACUUGAGUUGUGAAGUUCGUCACGCGAUCCUCGCACAUGGUCACCUCCUUUCCUUGGAUUUUGCUGGGAGUGUAGAUUCAAUGUGCAGACACGGCGGCCACAGCCAGACCGAUGACGAACAAUGUGGCCACCCAUGAAGCGAACUGCUUCAAGAAUUGGGUCCAGUUGACUCCCCCACUCCGAUUAAUGGCUCCGGUUAUGCACUGGCUGGACGAUGUGGGCAAACCGUACUGAGAAGCGAUCAUGAUUACGAAGGCUGUGGCAAGCUCGGCAGCGAAUCCCCUGGUGGGUGUCAGCUUCGCGAGCUUCACUCCCAUGGGUCUGGUGACAUUGCAUCCGUAAGUGGCCAGACCGAUGACAAGACCGAUGGCUCAUCAGACCGAGGCUGGACAUUCUUCAAGAGCUGACAUUUCUUGUACAUGUCCCAGAUGGUGGCCAUGUAUCCGAACUCACCGGCCCCGUGAGCGAAGAUGACACAAAUGGCCGAGAAGACCUGCAAGUAGCUGAAAACGUACUCCACACGAGUCUCUACGAGCUCGCGGAUUCGUGAAUCUUGUCGUCAGUCUUGACGAUUUUGUGGAUAUCCACGUCCAUGCUGUGAGUCGCUGCCUUGCUGAACAUCUGCCAUCUUGUCAAUAGAGCGGGCUCGGCAUCGACGGGAGACACUUGGUUGGAGCCAGCUGGGAUCUCCUCGGGAGUUCUCAUCUCGGAGGCGGUUUGUGGAGAGAAGGCUGUGGGCAUUCCCUGGAUAGGAUUGCCCUCGCUGCAAAGGAGGGCAACAUAGACGACAGACAGAGUCAAAACGCUGAGCGGAGCAUGAUGAAACCCAGCUGAGCCGAAAUUUUGAAAUUCCCAACGGCGGGAUCAUCAACACCAUGCCUCGACAGACCGAUAAACAGACCGGUGCCAACGAUGUGGCUAAUGCUUUCGGAACGUCCGUCGGGAGCAAAACCCUCACGCUGAGGCAGGCCGUCAUUAUUGCGUCUCUAUUCCAGUUUGCCGGAGCCCUUCUUCUAGGAAGAGUGUCGAUAAAUACCAUCGCGUCCCGUAUAGCGGACAUCAACUCCUUCACCCGUGACCCGAAGGUUUAUGCUUAUGGCAUGGUUUGCACCUUGGGAUUUGGUACAAUUUGGCUUCUUAUUCCUUCCUACUUGGGACUGAACGUGUCGUCCUGAUGGGGCGAGGCAUGUGUCCACUCCAUUUGCGAAGAAAUCUGUGGGUGGUCUAUCGACUGGAAUGACCAAAGGUGAGAAAGUUCUUCCCAAAAAGUGGAGCAGAGAUUCUUCGAGAAGAGGCCAGUGAGGCCCCGAAAACAUGUACUCCAAGUACUACAGGGGAGUGCGUAAGCGGAAUUCGGGAAAAUGGGUAGCAGAGAUUUGGGAUCCGAGGGAUCGAAAGAAAACAAAAAAUUUGUUGUUGGGGACUUUCGACACUGAGGAGGAAGCUGCAGAAGUUUAUGACAUUAAAGCUUUAGAAAUUUUCGGUCCUAAUGCUCACUUAAAUUUGCAGAGAUCUCGUGCAGCCGCUCAAUCCAAUCAGGAUACCGUCGUUAUGCCAUUGUUCUCCGUACCUCUGCAAACUUCAAUCUCAAUAACAGAUUCAUAUUCUCAACCUCAAGUUUCUGAAAUUUCUGAGCUGUUGAAAACUGAAGCAUUGUACAGAGAUUCGAACUCGAAUAAAACUCUAGAUUCUUUCAUACCUUUAGAAGUCAAAGGCGUGAAUAAAAUCGAGGAACUUCCACCUCUAGAAGUUACUAGGCUAGACACCUACUUCGAAAAUUUGGACAAAGAACCAGAUUCUGAAGCAUUGUACAGAGAUUCGAACUCGAAUAAAACUCUAGAUUCAUUCAUACCUUUAGAAGUCAAAGGCGUGAAUAAAAGCGAGGAACUUCCACCUCUAGAAGUGGAAUUUACUUGGCUAGACACCUUCUUCGAAAAUUUGGACAAAGAACCAGAUUCUGAAGCAUUGUACAGAGAUUCGAACUCGAAUAAAACUCUAGAUUCAUUCAUACCUUUAGAAGUCAAAGGCGUGAAUAAAAGCGAGGAACUUCUACCUCUAGAAGUGGAAGCUACUUGGCUAGACACCUACUUCGAAAAUUUGGACAAAGAACCAGAUUCUGAAGCAUUGUACAGAGAUUCGAACUCGAAUAAAACUCUAGAUUCUUUCAUACCAUUAGAAGUCAAAGGCGUGAAUAAAAGCGAGGAACUUCCACCUUUAGAGGUGGAAGUUACUCCGCUAGACACCUACUUCGAAAAUUUGGCCAAAGAACCAGAUUUUGACUUCGCAUCGUAUUUGGACGAAAUCGAAUUCAAAUACGAUGGACUUCGAUGAGGUCUGGCGGAGACUAUCGUCUCAGAAGCUGAGCCUCUUUGGUCGGGCAUAUAUAUCGAACCAG